AUAUCAAAUAACGAUAAAUUUAAAAGAAAAUGAUUUUCGCUAUGUUCGAAUCCGUUGCGUGUAAAAGAAGUGGGUUCAAGCACAACGUGAUCGAUACGUAACCGUUCUAUCGAGUGUAUCCGAAGUUAGCCGAUGAGAGCCGAGACCGGUCGAACACCGACGGAGUUAGCCGAAGCGCAGUGAGCAAACGACGCGUACCGAAGAACGCGGGGUUCUUCUCCGGCUUGGAUUGAAACAGCGUUCGCGUCUACGGGCGCGGUUUUGCGUCUCGAGCUGGCGUUUUACAUGGUAAAAUGUCCUCCCUCGAUUAUCUGGACCUGUGUCGGCUGUGUCUCGUGAAGGACCGUGUUUCGGUACCGAUUUUCGAGGGUGAAGGAGACGUACGGCAAAUAUUUCUCAAAAUCGCCGCCUGUCUACCGGUCAAGGUUACAAGAGAAGACAAGUUACCCAAAAAGAUAUGUGAUGACUGUGUGUAUAAAGUAGAGCUAUUUUAUCAAUUUUGGAAUACAACAGCGAAUGCAGAAAAGCAGCUUCUACAAUGGCUAGGAGAAGUCAAUAUAGAAGACAAACAGGGUUAUGUUACCAAUGUUCUCAAUCCGAAUGUAAUGAAACAAGAACAAAGACCAGAGAACAGGUUAGAUGGCAAUGUGAUGCAGCAAGUUGGCGAGCAUCAAAACAAUAUGGGUAUGGGUAUGAUGGAUAACAUGGGCCUGGGUAUUCCUAUGAUGAUAUCCAAUGCUAAUCAGCAACAACAAAUAACCUCAGUUCCUAUGGACACAAGCGGUAAUUCUGUACAACCCGUUCAGGCAGUGCCUGGUCCAAGUUCACAAACCACACAUAACCAAAUAUCACAGAAUCAGUCGAGCUCUGCGCAGCAAGAAGACGAAGAAGAAAGUAGCGAAGAUGAAGAGAACUCUGACGACGAAUGUGAUGGAGAUGAAGGCCUACCUGUAAAAGAAGAAAGCGAAGAAGAUCCCAAUAAUAGAACUAUAGAGCCUACCACUUUUGUAAAUGUUUCCUUGGCGUGUGACGAAGCAGGCCCUUCAGGGCUACAGCAGAAAAUCUCAGACAUGCCUGAGAUGCCAAUGCCACAGACUGCAGAUGGGGAUCCCAAAACUGGGGCCCUAAACGGGAACGGACGUUUCCUGUACGGCAAGGAAUCGAUAGCGAUGCAACCGUGGCAGGUUGUCGACGUGGAGGGUAGUCUCUACUACGCCUUCCUCCCAGCGAAUCAAGGGGAGAAUCUCUCCGAAUUCUCCAAAUCGACCGAAAAGUUGUCGGAAGAGAACAGAAACAACACCGACGACGAGAAAGAUUUCAUCAUCCCCAUCGAAGAGAAAACAUCGCAGGCGGACGAGGGGUGUACGGUGAAGGUGAAAGAGGAGGAUUUCGAGGAAGACAUCGACGAGAAACCCGAUGAGGUUUACGCCUGCAAAGAAUGCAACAUUUCUUUCCCCGUGAUACAGAUGCUGAAGCGACACCAAAGCGCUGUCCACGAGCAGGCACAGCGUUACAAGUGCAAGGUCUGCCUGAAGGUGUGUCGCAGUCUGGUCGCCUUCAAGAUGCACGUCGCCUUAGAGCACAAGGAGGAAGAGGAACAGAAUCCGAAGGACAACGACAGUCUGACCUACACAUGCAACUUCUGCGAGUACGAGAGCACCAACAAAUCCACCCUCACCUCUCACAUAAGCAGAAAGCACGCUGGCAAGGCUAUAGACAAACGAAGAGGCAGCUACGGGUCAAGUACAGAGCCAAAAGAGUACUCCUGUAACGAGUGCGAGUUCAAGUGCCAGAAUCGUCGCAAAUUGAAGGAACAUCUUGAGCGCAAACACGCUUCUGAAUACAAAUACGACUGCGAGUAUUGUGGCAAGAAAUUCAAGGUCAAAGGCGACAUGAGGCUACACGUGCGGUUCAAGCACAAAGAAGGACCCAUUGUCUGCGACGUUUGCGGAAAGACCUGUUCGAAUAGCAAUUCUUUGUACGUACACCAGAAGUGGGCUCAUUUCAAGCCCAAGUACGAGUGCGCCAUUUGUAAGAGGCGAAUGGUGACCCAGGAGAACCUGGACCAACAUAUUCUAUUGCAACACGAACGAAGGGAAAGCUUCGUUUGCGAGGAGUGUGGUAAAUCCUUCUCAGAGAAUCAUCGUCUGAAGCAGCACAUGAUGACCCAUACUGGGGACAGGCCAUACGACUGCCAUAUUUGUGGCAAAGCCUUUGCUCGGAGAACGGCUUACAGGCAACAUUUACUGAUCCACACUGGGAAACGGCCUUAUAUCUGUGAUAUCUGUGGCAAAACGUUCACUCAGAAACCUGGCCUCAUCUGCCACAGAAAGUCGCACCCUGGUGUCUUCAACUCCCGUGGUAUCUUCAUUUACGACAAGGAGUCGGUCGUGAUGAAGAAGUGGCAGAUCCUGGAGUUCGACGGGAAACCGUACUACGCUUUUGUACCUGAAGGUGAUACACCGUUGUCCGAGGAUGAUAUACCUGAACAGAUAGACGAGACAGGAAACGCGGACGAGGAUAAGAGCAUCGUCAAGGUCGAAUGCCUCUACGACGAGGACUUGCAGUACGAUUCCUUGGAUGAGAAACUCUACGAAGAGAAGCAAUUGUUGAACUGUAGUACCGAGCAAAGGGACGACGAAGAGGAUGACGUCAAACCCAUCAUCCUCAACGGGACCAUCGAUGCCGAGAAUGAUAAGGAAAUCGGAGAUUUGUACCAAGUGAAGGUCCAUGGAAGCAUGGUGACCAUAGAGAAACUGAUGUCCAACGAGGUAGACGCAAAGUCCAUUGAAUACCAACAGGAAGAACCAGAGCAAGAGCAAGAAGAACAGGAUGAGCAAGAAAUAUACAACGAUCAGGAACAGUUAGAACAGAUUGAUCAGGUGGACCAGGAUGCAGAAGAUCAAGUAGAAUAUCUAGAAGAGGAGAUCCUCGAAUCAGUGAACAACCAUACGUCUCCCAUGAAAACUCGCAGAAAGUCAUCCAAGACCUCGGGUGGUGCUUUGAAAUGCAAGGUCUGUUCGGAGAUGUUCAGUUCCGCCAUAUCAUUCAGGAAACACGUGGCCUGGACUCACAAGAAGAAAGUAUGCAUACAGGAGGACGGUGCAUACAUCUGCGCCGUCUGCGACUACAGGACCCUGAAGAAGAGCCUCUUCGCCGCACAUUUGGAAAGGAAACACGAGACCUGGUCUAGGAAGCGACCCAACAACAUGCUCUUCCCUUGCGCCGCCUGCGGAUUCGUCUGUCGGUCCAAGCACUCGUUGCAGUCGCACUUCAUCAGGAAGCACACAGACAGAUACGAGCAUCAGUGUAAGUUCUGUCCUAAGAAGUUCAAGGUGAAGGGCGACCUGACGAACCACGUGCGAUUCCAUCAUAAAGAAAAGCCGAUCAACUGCGACGUCUGCGGUAAACUUUGCCAGAACAGUGGCUCCCUCUACGUCCACCAGAAAUGGGCGCACUACAAACCGAAGUACGAGUGUCACAUAUGCAAACGACGCAUGGUGACCCAAGAGAAUCUUGAUCAGCAUCUGUUAACGCAGCACGAAAAAAGGGAGAAGAUCGUGUGCGCUGAAUGUGGCAAGACGUUCACCAAGAAGGAUUCGUUUAAGAGGCACAUGGCGGUUCACACAGGGUGCAAGCCACAUUCCUGUCUCAUCUGCAACAAACCGUUCGCCAGAAGGUCCCAGCUGCGCCAGCAUCUGCUCAUCCACACGGGCAAGAGACCUUUCGUUUGCGACAUUUGCGGGAAAGCGUUCACGCAGAAACCUGGAUUGAUAUGUCACAGGAAGACUCAUCCCGGUCCCCAUCCUCCGUUACCCGUCAUGCCGAUCGCGGACAUCGUCAAGGAGUUCACCGAGGGAUACGUUCAAGAGAUAAACGCACGGGAGAACGAGGAGAGGAUCGAAGAGGAGGCGAUCCUGGAUCCUCUGAGCGAAGAGUUCAAGUCCGAUUCUCAAAUCUCAACGAUAGAUUUCUCCGAAAGUUUCACAAAUUGGAUCGACAAAGAGAAUUUCGAAGUGUCCUCGAUCCAAGAAGAAACUAAUCCGAAGAGAAUCCAUGAAACAGAUUACAAAAUAUCUCUCCCCUUCCCCAAUCAAAAAAUCAAAGAAAAAGUUCAUUUCGAAUGCGACCACUGUCGUCGCAAGUUCCUGAAGAAGAGCAACUUAACGGAGCACCUGAAGAAGCACAGACACAGGUGUCCCGAUUGCCCAAGAACCUUCAGACUCCGUCGGUAUCUAGCCUCCCACGUGGAGAAGAUUCAUCGACGCCAAGUGUACGACUGCAGUGUCUGCGAGUAUAAAAGCAACAACAAAGGGACCCUGAAGAACCACUACAUAAGAUUGCACACGAGUAGCUAUAACUUCUCCUGCGACGUUUGUGGUAAGCAGUUCAAGAUCAAGAAAGCUCUGAACCACCAUGUGAAGCAGAACCAUAGCGACUCGCCUCCCAUCGUUUGCGACGUGUGUGGACACUUCAGCAAGAACCUUCAUGCGUUGAAGGCGCACAUGAAAUACAGGCACUAUAAGCCAGAGUUCAUUUGUAGGAUUUGUAGAAGAGGUAUGACCACUCAGGAGAACCUCGAGCAACAUUUAACGUGGCACGAGACUAGGGAGAAGGUCCUCUGCCCUACUUGCGGGAAGAGGUUUCGUGGAAGAGAUCUGGAUUCUCAUAUGAGGGUGCACACAGGGGUUAAACCUUUUCCUUGUCCCGUUUGCGGGAAGUCUUUCAGGAGGCAGACUGCUCAGGAGCAGCAUGUACUUAUUCAUACAGGGAAGAGACCGUACGUCUGUGACAUAUGUGGACAGGCUUUCGCGCAGAAACCUGGGCUUAUCUGUCAUAGGAAGAGACAUCCUGGUCCUCUGCCUCCGCUUCCUGUCGUGUCGAUCAAGAAUAUUGUUACGGAUUUCUUUGAAUGGGACCACUUUAACGAAGAAGACACCUUUACCGCUGAAGAGGACAGCAUACAAGAACCAUCCAGCAUAAAAAUUGUGCAGGUCUACAGCUUACAAUCAAUAAUAAAGGAAUCACCAAACAAGCUGGAAAAUACAAAGACUCAAUAUAAAAGAAACUAUUCAGAAGUCAUCACCGACAUAGAAAAGCCAGAGAAGAAUAAAAUUCCUCGACGAAGAUUUGAAUGCAAUUAUUGCAGUCAACAAUUUGACCGAAAAUGCUUAAUAGAAAGCCACAUGAAAGACCACAAACACCAAUGCAGUUACUGCACUGCGACCUUUAAAUUUAUUCAACAAUUGAAGCAGCAUUGCAACCAAAUACAUGGUUGCAAGUCGUUUCCAUGCACUGUGUGUGGGUAUAAAAGCAAUAGGAAAUGGAGACUGAAGGACCAUUUCAUUCGUAAACACACCGGUAAUUUUCCGUAUUCCUGUUCAAGUUGUGAGAAGCAGUACAAAUUCAUGGCUGAUUUAUAUCGGCAUACAAUUGUGGUGCACAACGGUGUUCCUCCACUGAGAUGCAUCAUAUGUAAUCGUACUUCCAGAAGUCUUCCUGCCCUAAAGGCACAUAUGAAACAUAAACAUUAUAAAACUGCCUACGUGUGCAACAUAUGUAAACGUUGCAUGACGAGCGAGAGGAACCUGGCACUGCAUUUGCAGUGGCAUAAAAGGAGAGAAAAAGCAACGUGUCCUACUUGUGGAAAGAUACUCAAACAUAAAUGGAAUUUGGUUGCUCAUCUGAGGCUUCAUCAGGGUAUCAAGCCCUAUUCUUGCCCACUUUGUAAUAAAACUUUCUCAAAAAAGGCGUCUAUGCAACAGCAUGUACUGAUUCAUACUGGAAAGAAAGUAUAUUCCUGUGGUAUAUGUGGAAGUACGUUUGCUCAGCAGUCAGGGCUACGUGCACACAGGAAGAAACAUCCUGGUCCUCUACCACCGAUUCCUGUUGUGGCCGUUAAGAACAUUAAUCUCUAUUUCAGGUCACGAAGAGUAGCAUCACGCGCGAUUCACGAAUGCAUCAAAUGCGGAGCUUGUUUUUGUCACACGAGAAAGCUAGUGGAACAUCUGAAGAACCUCCAUGGCAUCGACAGAGCGUUCAGCUGUGACGAAUGCGGUAAAACCUUCAGAAGUCCCAUGAACAUCGCCCGCCAUAAGUUAAUACACAUGGGUUCAAAAAGAUUCGCCUGUGACCUGUGUGACUAUAAAUCAAACCAGAAAUCAAAUUUGGAAAGUCAUCGACGUCGACACACAAAGGAUUACGCUUUCAAAUGCGACCAAUGUAACAAAGGAUUUUUCUUAAGAACAGAAUACUUGGAACACGUGAACGUUCAUACCAGAAAACAAUUGUAUCACUGCGAACAUUGCGGUAAAUCAUAUCCUUAUAAAAGGAACCUGAUGACCCACCUCAGGACCCAACACGCUUAUAUCACACCCGUUCAAUCUUUCAGUGAUAACUUGAAACAUGUAUGCAACAUUUGUCUAGAGAGUUUUACAAGAAAAUUAUCGUUGAAGAAGCAUCUGAAGCAGCGACACGGGUUACAAGAGAAAAAGAAUCAUUUGUGUGAUCUAUGUGGGGCAGUCUUGUCUUCGAAGAGGAGGUUAAUGGUCCACAGACGAGGGCACACCAACGAAAAGGUCGCCAAGUGUGAUUUAUGCGAUAAAACGUUUUCUAGUAAGGAGAAUCUUGGUAUUCACCGACGUGUACACACCGGUGAAAAACCUCACGCGUGUAAUCAGUGCGGCAGGAGGUUCACACAACGGACGUCUUUGAUCUUGCAUCUUAGGUACCAUUCGGGAGAGAGACCGUAUCAAUGCGUUGAUUGUGGCAAGGGAUUCGUUUCCGGCAGUUUUCUGAAGAAACAUCGUAAAGUGCAUGAGGAUACUACGAGGAAUGUUGUGAUGGGUGGUAAUAAAUGCCACUGGACCAACAAACAAGACGAGAUUGCAGACUGCGAAGAUUUCCAAAUUAAAAACGAAGACGUUCUUCUAGAUCCAGGGCAGAAAUUUGAGGGAAACGAGAAGAUCUGUGAUCUUUGCCAAGAAAAAUUCCACUUUGUGACGAGAUUAGUGGCCCACUUGAGGAUCGUUCACGGUAUCCAUAGACCCUUUAAAUGUGUCACCUGUGACAAGACAUAUCCUCAGCAAUUCAUGCUAAACGCUCAUGUGAAAAAAUCCCACACACCAAAAACAAUACCCUGUACGCAAUGCAGUUUCAUGGGGGUGAAUACCAUCGAUGUGGAGAGACAUACGAAGCGACACCAUAGCGAGGUUAAAUUCACCUGCGAGAUUUGCAGUGAGAAUUUUACUGAUAAGGAUUCUUUGGUGACGCAUACAACGAUGCACAAUUUUAUGCAGUUUCAACAGUGCAACGCUUGCGGUAGCACCUUUGAUGACGUGUACAGUUUGAAGGAACACAAUCGCCUGUACCAUUACGACCCCACGGUAUCCAUACAAGAGAAGCUGGAAGAUGGGGAUCAGCAGGGGUCCGAGCACAAAUGCGACGUUUGUGGGAAGGUUUACAAAUAUAAAUCAGUAUUAAAACAGCACAAGGUGAAAGCACACGGUGAUACUCCUAAUUAUGAAAGACGUCGGUAUUUAUGCGCUCUUUGCGGCAAGGAACUGAAAACCGCCAAGGGAUUGGAGAUUCACAAUCGUUCGCACACAGGUGAAAAACCAUAUACUUGUGAAGUGUGUGGAAAGUGCUUCGCCUGUGAAACGUUAUUAAGGACUCACAAUGUGACACACACAGGGGAGAGAAAGUAUUCGUGUGAUCAGUGUGGUAAAGCAUUCACACAGAGGUCCACGUUGGUGGUCCACAAACGUUAUCACACAGGUGAACGACCGUAUGUUUGCACACAGUGUAGCAAAGGCUUUGUGACUAGGACAGUUCUGAAUACUCAUAUGAAAUCCUGCCGCUGAUGUGAUUUUUGAAAAUGUGAAUAUUUUUAAGGUGAGCUAUUUUAGAAUGGGAUUUGAUUUUUGUUUUGUAAUAACAAAUCACAUUUUUAAUACAAAUUUCGUACUAAAUGAAUCCCACUUGUGGGAUAGUAAAAUUUUAAUUUAGGUUCCAAAUGGAGGAUAUAUUUCUGAUUCUCUUUGACCAUUUAAAAAUUCAAAUAAUAAAUAAUUAACUCUCGUUCUCAUUUUUUAAAUGCAGCAGUGUAAUUAGCUAGGGUUAAUUUUAGCCUGCUUAAUCGUUAUAGGAAUCUUAAAAUAUUUUUAAUAUUAAUUAUAAUAAUUACAAAUUAAUACAAUGGGAUUUCUAAUUUUUUAGCACAGAAUUAUCUUGUGGCAUAGAAUUUAUUUAUUUUUAUUUUUGUUCGAAAAGCAUAAAAACCUGAAAGUUUGAUAUUGAAAUACCCUCGUAAAUUACGACCUUUGAGGUACUUUUACAAAAAACCCUCGUGAAAUUGGAGCAACCCUUAGAGAUAUAAUCGCUAUCCACCUGAGAUGGAUUAAGCGCUAAAGCGUCAGGAUCGAUCGCGUUUAAUGAAGGCAACUUUUAUCGCAAGUUCUAUUAAAAGAACUUCGUGUCAUAUUAAAUAUAAUUUCUCAAUAUUUUCUUCAUUGAAAUAUUGAAACUAACAAUAAGAUGAAAGACAUUGAAAAUGGUAUUGAUCUUUCCAAAAAUACCAUUUCUUUUUUUAAACAAAUUGUUUUAAUUUUUCUUUAAUGAUUUUAUUUUAAGCGUGCAGAGGUAACUUUUGCAACUUCUGCGAUCUUAAAGCCGUCCUUGACAAUAGUAUUAAGGUACAUUCUAAAUUUAAUUACAGGUAUAAAAGUGUCCCUGUGCUAUUUUAUAAACGUAGCAGCGCCGGAUCAAGGGGUGGUCUAAGGGGCGCCCCCUUCUAAGCUUUCCAUUUAUUAUGUCAGAAAAUAUUGAAAGCAAAUUUUUUACGAUUAAAUGCUAUUUAAUUUAAUUUAAAAUAAAUUUGAAUUUUUAAACCAAGCCCUCGAACGUUUGAUAGCUCCGGGCCUCAAAAACCUUGAUCCGUUCCUGAAUAGUAGAAUGCAGAAUUUAGUGUGAUUUUAGAAUAUUGUCGUUUAAUCGAUCGUGGGUCAAUAAUUUCAAUUGGAUUCUUACAAAGGAUCUCCGGUGUAUUUAAUAUUAAAAAAUGAAACAUCGAAUGAUGCGUAAACGCAUUGACUUACGGUCGAUUAAUCAAAAGUUUCGUUAAAAAGCUUUCAUGAUGUAACGUGAUAAAUUUAACAUCACAUUUCUACCUAUUUAUACACAUUUUUUUAUACUUUUUAUAUACUGUUUACAAUAUUCUCGAGGAAAAGAUGUUGGAAGAUUUAUGUCUUCAAGAAAUCAACGAAAACAAUCUUUACUGUGUUCUAUCAAACACAAUGUCGCGAGAAAUCACUUUUGAAUCGUUUUUAGAUAUUUUUAGAAAUUCUUACUGCCAGUCUUUCUUACGAUUUUGUAUUUAUUAUUAAAGAAACAGUCUUCGAUUAUUCGAUUGU